AACGGAGUUGCUGCGACACUGGCAGCGGUUAGACCUUUUCUAGCCGCUUCCUAGGUCUCUGUUGUGUUUUCUGUAAAGAUUCUAAAAUCGUUGUGACUGUGAGACAACGCAGAAGGGCAAUAUAAUGUGGGCGCAGAAAGUUUUGGGGAUUUGUUGCAGCAGGAUUGCUUCCCGAGUUUCGGUGUUACCUGUUGCGUCUGCUCUCCGGUUUGGAAUAGGAACAGCUGCAGGUUCCCGAUUCUGGAGUUCAGCUCAACAGGAAACUCUUAAGAAAACUCCUCUCUAUGAAUUCCAUCGCAGUCAGGGAGGCAAAAUGGUGGGAUUUGCUGGCUGGAGUAUGCCAGUCCAGUACAAAGACAGUCACAUUAUGUCGCACAUGCACACACGAGAGCACUGUUCACUUUUUGAUGUCUCGCACAUGCUGCAGACUAAAAUUCUAGGAAAAGAUCGAGUAAAGUUCAUGGAGAGCCUUGUCGUUGGAGACAUUGCAGAGCUCAAAGAGAAUCAGGGCACCCUAACACUUUUUACCAAUGAAAAUGGAGGGAUUAUUGAUGACCUUAUUGUGACAAAAACUUCAGAUGGAUAUCUGUAUGUCGUAUCCAAUGCAGGCUGCUCUGAAAAGGAUUUUGCACACAUGCAGAGCAAGCUGAAGGAGUUCAAAACAGCUGGACAUGAUGUAGAUUUGGAGCCUGUUGACAAUGCCCUGAUCGCUCUGCAAGGUCCAUCUAUGAUGAAAGUCCUACAGAAUGGUGUUUCAGGUGACCUCACCAAGCUGCCUUUUAUGACUAGUGCUUUAAUGACUGUGUAUGGAGUGCCUGGUUGCAGAGUCACUCGCUGUGGCUACACAGGUGAAGAUGGUGUUGAGAUAUCUAUACCUGUUAAACAUGCCGUCCAUAUUGCUGAAUCUUUAUUAAAGGACAGUGAAGUAAAAUUGGCUGGUCUCGGGUCCAGAGACAGUCUUCGUCUGGAAGCAGGAUUAUGUCUGUAUGGCAAUGACAUUGAUGAAACAUCAAGCCCUGUUGAAGCUAGUUUGCUGUGGACCAUUGGCAAACGUCGUAGGGAAACUGCAGACUUCCCAGGGGCCUCCACCAUCAUUCGUCAAAUUAAAGAGAAAACACAAAGGAAACGAGUGGGUCUGAUUUCGACUGGCCCACCAGUUAGACAGCAUAUCCCCAUACUGAACACUGAAGGAAGAGUCAUUGGUGAAGUGACCAGCGGAUGUCCUUCUCCUUGCCUGAAGCAAAACAUUGCUAUGGGUUAUGUGGAGACUGCUUAUAGCAAAGUAGGAACACCAGUCCAAGUAGAGGUGAGGAAGAAGAUUGCCGAGGCCUUUGUCACAAAAAUGCCUUUUGUCCCAACACAUUACUAUGUUCUUAAGUAGGACAUUCUGUGCCAUGAAGCUUGUUCCAAGGGUAUGUGGCAUCCUUGGUGUGUAGUAUGGAACUGUGGUGGUACUGGAGAUUGAUCUGGAAUGUAAAGUGUCUUUUUGAUGACUGCUAUGUGGAGGAACAGCUUUGCAAUGCACUAAGCAGGGACUAAGGGUGCAGGACUGUGGCUGUGGAUACAAAAUGACAAAAAGAGACAAUUAGAUUAUCAGUUGCAGUUUUCCACUACAGCACGCUGAGAAUAAAAGUAACAGGACUGGGCCUGUGGACAGUAAGCAAUAAAAGGAGACAUCUGGA